CUCACAAAGGGAGGUUGCCCUGGCUAAUUAUUACCUCUCCCUGACCAGGAGGGCUCUCAAAGGAUAUGUCCUCUGCACUUUGCAUGGUACCAUCCUCCUUUUGUAUAGCACCAACUGGGUGACCUCAAGAUGUUCUAACACAGUUGAGGAGUCGCAUCCACUUUGGGGACAAAUCCUGAAGAAGUUGCUCACUCCCGGUCUUAUGUCCAGACCAGGUUGGUGGCCAUUCCUCCUUCUCUCCUGCCAACUUCCUUUCAUUUAUCUCACACUUUUCAGGUGACCUCACUUCAAGAGUUCCACCAUGUGUUUCAAAAUGGGGACGUGUCUGAAGAUCAAGGACAGUUAUUCCUUCAAGAAAUGGCCAGUUGAGUAUUCCUGGGAUGAGGACAGCAAAAGUACUAGCAGCGAGAAGAACAACAGCAGUCCCAGUAGCGCUCUGCCAGAUGUGGCCACAGCUGCCCAGGAUGGAGAGGCCAAGAAGGUCAAAAUUAGCAUCCUCCACCAAAUGAAACAGGCGUCCGGCACCUGGAUCAGGUACACCUUGGCUCACACUGUUGGCCGCUGGCUGCUUUACCCUGGUUCCGUCUGUCUCUUGAACAAAGUCCCACUGAAGCUGCUGGUGAACGGGAGGAGACGCCUGAUGGAGGACUUUCACGGAAAGCGGGCCAAGCUGGUGGCUUGCGAUGGGAACAAGAUUGACACCAUGUUUGUGGACCGACGUGGAAAGAGCUCUGGGAAGCUGGGAAUGCACUUGGUGAUCAGCUGCGAAGGGAAUGGCAGCUUUUACGAAGUGGGGUGCUUCAUCACCCCGUUGAAGGCGGGGUACUCCGUCCUGGGAUGGAACCAUCCUGGUUUUGCCAGGAGCUCGGGGAAGCCGUAUCCCCAGAAUGACAUCAACGCCAUGGACGUGGUCAUCCGGUACGCCAUGCACCGUCUGAAAUUUAACCCGGAGGACAUUGCCGUCUACGGUUACUCCUUGGGGAGCUACACCGCGACGUGGGCUGCCAUGGCUUACCCAGAGCUGGGAGCCCUGGUUCUCGAUGCCUCCUUUGAUAGCUUGCUCCCUUUGGUCGGCAAACUAGUAACUAAGCAGGUGAGGAAGCUAGUCCUUAAGACGAUCAAAGAGAACUUUAACCUCAACGUGGCGGAUAUGUUGCGCCACUAUCAAGGGCCGGUGCUCCUCAUCAGGAGGACCUUCGAUGAAAUCACCACCACCCAAGUCCACCUGGAGAACCACCUCCCCGUGAUCCAGACCAACCGAGCCAACGAGCUGCUCUUGCAGAUCUUAAGGUGCCGUUAUCCUAACAUCAUCUCUGGGGCGGAAGACGUGGUACAGCAAUUGCUCAUUGCCGACUGCCCUCGCGUGGAACACUUCAUCUACCACCAUUUCUACCGGGUGGAUGACAACUGGUGUCUCGAUCAACUGAAGACCUACCGGUCCAUCGUCGGAAGCAAGGCUGAAUUUCCGUGGAAAGUCGGGAGUGACUUACCGUCCGCAAGGAAGAAGCACAUGGCUUUGUUCCUGGCCAAGAAACAUCUGAAGAACGUGGAGAUCACACAUGGGAGAACGUUACCCCCGGAAGAAUUUGAGCUGCCCUGGAAGCUCUAGCUAGGCUGGCAGAUGGUGGGUUUGAUAGCAGAGUAAGAGAGAGAAAUAAAAGCUAGGAUACAUCACUGUC